AAAAGUUAAAAAAAAGAGGCUACAGACAUUCAUUUUGAGCAAGUAUUUAAAGGCCAUUUACCUUCGUAUUAUACACAUCUCACAUCUGCACGGUUUUCGAAACUCUUAAGGUUCCAGACAGCAACGAUUAUCAACGUUAUUUGUUGUCCAUAUAAUGGAGAAUGCAAAGUACUUGAGAAGGCAAUGGGGUUCGCUCGUUGGGUUCUUAGGAGUGAUUUUGCUGGUUUACUUCUUGCUCACCACCGAUUGUUCUGAGAAGGCCCCCCUGAGGAGGGUUCUAGCGAACGUCAACGGCCGUGAACUGAAGCUGGACACCCACGAUCGUCUACAGGUGGUGGUGGAUAAUGGACUGGUGCAAGUCACUUUGUCAAGACCAGCAGGUGAUGUUGUGGGAAUCAAGUACAAUGGUAUCGAUAAUUUACUUGAGGGUCGUAAUGAAAGAGAUAAUCGAGGGUAUUGGGAUGUUGUUUGGAAUGAGCCAGAUGGCCACGACGGUCUCGUUGGGAGAAUAGCAGGAACGCAGUUUACCAUUAUAAAAGAGAACAAAGACCAAAUAGAGCUUUCCUUUACUCAGAGAUGGAACCUUUCUCUCCGUGGAAAACAAAUCGUUCCCUUAAAUGUAGAGAGAAGGUACAUCUUUCAACGUGGCAUCUCGGGAUAUUAUUCGUAUGCAAUAUUUGAGCGCCUUAAAGGUUGGCCGGAGGUGUCUUUUGGUCAAAUAAGAGCCGUUUACAAGCUUCGAGAGGACAAAUUUCGCUACAUGGCUCUAUCGGAUGACAAGCAGAGGAUCAUGCCAACACAGGAAGAUCGGGAAAAAGGACAGGCCCUCGCCUACCCAGAGGCUGUUCGUUUGAUUGAUCCAUCAAAUCCAGAACUUAAGGGAGAGGUGGAUGACAAGUAUCAGUACUCGUCGGAAGGUAAAGAUAAUAAGGUUCAGGGGUGGAUAUCCGCUGACCCACCCGUUGGGUUCUGGAUCAUUACACCCAGCAAUGAGUUCCGUUCGGCAGGGCCCAUGAAGCAAGAGCUCACCUCCCAUGUGGGCCCUACUGUUCUCUCCAUGUUCAUGAGUACCCAUUAUGCGGGAGAGGAACUAAACAUGAAAUUUGAAGAUGGAGAGCCAUGGAAAAAAGUUUUUGGUCCUAUAUUUGUGUACCUCAACUCGGUUUCCACAAAGAAGGAUCUCCAAAAACUUUGGGCAGACGCUGAAGACCAGAUGUUGCGUGAAGUCGAGAGCUGGCCAUACAACUUCAUUCAAUCAGAAGAUUUCCCCACGGCCGGUCAACGUGGAACUGUCAUCGGUCAAUUGGUAGUCCGUGACCGCUACAUGAAUGAGAAAUCACUAGAUUGGGCGGAAUCCGCUUAUGUGGGUUUGGCUGCUCCUGGAGAGGCGGGAUCAUGGCAAAGAGAAACCAAGGGUUAUCAGUUCUGGACCCAGGCUGACAAGGAGGGACGUUUUCAAAUAAAAAAUGUUCGACCCGGGGACUAUAAUUUGUAUGCAUGGGUCCCUGGUGUUGUUGGGGAUUACAAAAAUAACACCAAGAUUACAAUUAAACCAGGGUCAGAAGUCAAAUUGGGUCUAAUUGUAUAUAGGCCACCGAGAAAUGGUCCAACUCUGUGGAAAAUUGGCAUUCCUGACCGCACUGCCGCUGAGUUCUAUGUACCAGACCCAAAGCCAACACUCACAAACAAAUUAUAUAAUAACUCAGAAAAGUUCAGGCAAUAUGGCUUAUGGGAUAGGUAUGGAGAUCUAUAUCAGGAUCAAGAUCUUAUCUACACUAUCAAUGUUAGCGAUUAUCGGAAAGACUGGUUCUAUGCUCAAGUUACUAGGAGUACGAAUAAACGAGUAUAUGAAGGAACAACAUGGCAAAUCAAAUUUAAACUAGAAAGUGUGAAUAAGAAUGGAAAUUACACACUCCAAUUGGCCUUGGCAUCUGCUAAUUUUGCUGAAUUGCAGGUUCGGUUCAAUGACCUAAGUGCACAACCUGCUCACUUUUCAACGGGACUUAUAGGAAAAGACAAUGCCAUCGCCAGGCACGGAAUCCAUGGGUUAUAUCGGUUUUACAGCAUAAAAGCAUCAGGAAAUCUAUUCCAAGAAGGAAAUAAUACGAUCUAUCUCACACAAUCCAGGGAUGGAAGUGUUUUUCAAGGAGUCAUGUAUGACUAUCUUCGUCUUGAAGGGCCUCCUCAAUGGUGAUCAUGCAUGCACAAGUUUAUUUUAAGUUUAAUUUCCUCUAUUAGAAAUAAGAAAUAACAUACACAUACAUAGCAAUAUAGCAUCAUUUAUUGUUGUAGAUAGACAAAGAAAUUAUUUGUUGCAUUGCAAGGCCAAGAAUGAGGCUUGCUUUGUGUGUCCAGAAUUACAAUAAAAUUUGUGCUUAUUGUACUA